AUGACUUUGAACUUGACACUAACCGCUCGAGCAGUUGCGGGAACUCUGAAAGGCUAUGAUCAGCUGAUGAACCUUGUUCUGGACGAGGUUGUUGAAACAUUGAAAGACACCGAGACGGGAGCAAAGACAGGAGAAAGAACCUUGGGAUUGAUCGUGGUAAGAAGUACCGGUUUGCUGACGAUAUCACCAGCUGAGGGCUCCGAGAUCAUCGAUAACCCAUUUGUUACAGCGGCUCAGGAGUAG